ACUUUUCAGUUCACUGGCUCGCGACGCGUUCAAGUACCUUACUCGGAACAAAAUGGAUAGUGAGAUGCAAGGAUUCUUUAAGAACAAGACCGUGUUCCUCACGGGUGGCACUGGAUUUCUGGGAAAAGUGAUCACUGAGAAACUACUGAGGACCACGGAAGUCAAUCGGAUUUACUCCUUAAUUAGACCUAAGCGUGGAGUUCCCAUCCAGGACCGAAUCACGACCUGGGCGAAGGAUCCGGUGUUUGAGGUGCUCCUAAGGAUGAAGCCAGAUGCCUUGCAGCGGGUUUGUCCCAUCGCGGGCGACUGCCUGGAUCCGGAUCUGGGUAUAAGCCCAUCGGAUCGGCGGAUCCUGACCACCGAGGUGCAGAUUGUAAUCCAUGGAGCCGCCACCGUGCGAUUCGACGAGGCUUUACACCUCUCCCUGGCCAUAAAUGUGCGUGCCACCCGUCUGAUGCUUCAGCUGGCCAAGCAGAUGACCCAGCUGGUGUCCUACGUGCACGUAUCCACUGCCUACUCCAACUGCGUGGUGCACGACAUCGAAGAGCGCUUCUAUCCGGAGCACUUGAACUGCAGUUCGGAUAAGAUCCUGGCCGUGGGUGAACUGGUAAGCAAUAAAUUACUGGACGCGAUGGAACCGAGUCUUGUUGGCUCCUUUCCCAACACGUACACCUACACCAAAGCCCUGGCCGAGGAUGUGAUCCUGCGGGAGGCGGGCAUCCUGCCAUUGUGCAUCUUCCGACCGGCGAUCAUAAUGUCCGCUUACAAGGAGCCCCUGGUUGGAUGGGUGGACAACCUAUUCGGACCACUGGCCCUCUGCUUCGGCGGAGCUCGCGGUAUAAUGCGGGUCACCACGGUGGACCCAACUGCCAAGAUCAGCAUGGUUCCCGCUGACUACUGCGUAAAUGUUGCAUUGGCUUGCGCGUGGAAAACGGCGGAGAAAUCCGUACAGAGUGGAAAGGUCACAACGCCCCCCAUUUACGCGUUUGCACCCAGCGAGAAUAACCUGCUGAGCUACGGCAGCUUUGUCAAAUCAACUAUUAUGUAUCGGGACAUCAUACCCCUGACCAAGAUGCUGUGGUAUCCCUUCGUCCUGUGCAUCUCCACCACAUCCCUAUUUCCGCUGGCCGCCUUCUUCCUACACACCCUUCCCGGUUACUUCUUCGAUAUGCUGCUGCGUCUCAAGGGCCGGAAGCCCAUACUCGUCGAUCUGUAUCGGAAGAUUCACAAGAACAUCGCCGUUCUGGGUCCCUUCUCCAGCACCACCUGGAACUUUGACAUGACCAACACAAAGGAGCUAAGGGAAGCGAUGUCCAAGCAGGACCGCAACCUUUACGACUUCGACAUGGCCCAGUUGGAUUGGGAUGACUACUUCAAGGCCGCCAUGUAUGGAAUGCGUCUAUAUAUUGGCAAGGAGAAACCCACAGCGGAGUCAAUUGCCAAGGGUCUGAGGCUGAGGAUGCGCCUGAAGGUCCUGCACUAUGCAUUCGCAUCCUCGCUGGUUUCUUUAGCUGGUUACGUCCUGUAUUCGCUGGCCAGACUUGUAGUUUAAUUUCCGCAGAGGGGUUAGAUGUCCUCAACAGACCUAACGAUAAGACAUGAUAUUUUGAGGUAUUUUAAAGUUUUAUGCUUAAAUUUAUAAUCAAAAAUA